AGUUCGCGAGAUUCAAACCUUCAUCCUAAUAUCUCUUUCAAUAGUAUCCAUUCAAUGGCAGAUAACUUCACCAUAACCGCUACACCCGAAGCCCAUGCAGCUGAUACCGAAUUCUUCGUCAGGAGAGGCAUGACGAAAGGUUACCAGAUUGCCUCCCUUGUAACACCUCCAGUCUACAUUGCUUUUGUGAUCUCUCGCUUUGGGAGAAGCCAUAUUACUGUCAACCGACUGUUGAGAGCGACGUGGGUAGGAGGGUCUGUUGGACUGGUUGGCGGAGGAGGAUUUGAGUACGUGAGGUCUGCAUAUUCAAAACCCGAACAUGUCAGAGCACGACGGAUACGCGCUGCUUACGAUACUGCGUCCAUUCGGGCAGAUGACCAUUCGACAAUUGGAGGUAUCAUCUGUGCUGUUGUCGUACCUGCAGUAUUCUGGAAGCGAGCCAGUGCUGUUAAUCUCGUCCUUGGAGGGGCUGGUAUUGGUUCUGCAGUUGGCUUGCUCGCACAUUAUGGGAGGUCAAUAUCUGGCGAUACCCCACCGGAACCGCAGCUACCAGGACAUGUUGUUGAAACUUGAGAACCCAACACUUUCCAACUCCCUCAUCUCACUGUGUACUACGUCAUUUCUUUCUUCUAGUACUGACAAUCUACAAUCUAAAACAUGCGGGUUUCCAAGAUAUCCAAGAAUGCUGAGUGGCUGGGAUAUGCGAUGGUCGAUGAUGGUACAAUAUCAAUCCUUAGCUGACUGUGGUUCCAUUCCUCGCUUCACUACUUACUGUCUGCCUUCGUCUCUCAACCUCCCAUCCGCAAUAGGAUGAAUCUCAAUCAAGU